AUGCACCCUUCGUGCCGUGAGGACUUCAGGAUCGCAAUUAUCUGUGCCCUUCCCAUCGAAUAUGAUGCGAUAUCUCUUGUCUUCGAUCAGUUCUGGGAUGGGUCUGGCGAUAAAUUUGGCAAGUUGCCUGAAGACCCAAACAACUAUACAACGGGUCGAAUCGGAAACCACAAUGUUGUGCUAGCUAUGCUCUCUCACAUUGGCAAAGCCAGUGCCGCAAGUGUUAUUGCCAGCAUCUGCAGGAGCUAUGUCAACAUCCGGCUAGCAAUAGUUACUGGAAUAUGUGGCGGCGUCCCGCUGGGCGGCAGGGACGGGUCCCAGGAAAUGCUUCUGGGCGAUGUAGUGAUUAGCAACAUUGUUGUGCAGCAUGAUUUUGGGAAGCGCUACCCCGAUCGUUUUCAUCGCAAAGAUACUAUUCAAAGCGAUUUAAACAAGCCAAGCAAGGAGUUACGGAGCCUUUUACUUGCCGUCACGACUGAAACGGGACUUGAGCGGCUUCAACAAAGAACGAAUGAUUUCCUUCAAGAACUACAAGCAACCGCUGUUCGAAAGAAUCGUCGUACCCAGUAUACAUAUCCCGGUAAAGCAGAAGAUCGGCCUUUUGAGGCAGACUACCGACAUAUGCACCACAACUCACCAUCAUGCAUAUGUCGUGAGUGGAGCAUAAAUUCGGACCCUGUCUGUGUUGAUGCCCCUUUUCUAACUUGUGAUGACCUUGGAUGUGAGAAAGCACAUCUAAUUCCUCGGAAAAGAUUACAAAGUUCAGAACCAGGCAUUAAGGGACCCCCAAUGCCUGCUAUACAUUUUGGGCCUAUUGCUUCGGGAGAUACAGUGAUGAAAAGUGGGGUAGAAAGAGAUAUCAUCGCCAAAAGAGAAGAAGUGAUCGCCUUUGAGAUGGAAAGUGCUGGGAUUUGGGAAGAGGUGCCAUCCAUCGUGGUCAAGGGGGUAUGCGAUUACUCUGACUGCCAUAAAAACAAAAAUUGGCAAACUUUUGCAGCUGCCACCGCGGCUUCUGCAGUCAAAGCAGUACUAGAGCGAUACAGCCCUAGAGAAAAGGCCCCUCCAAAUCACAAAUCCCCCCAGAAACCAACUAUUGCACCGACUGUUCGACAAGAUGGGUCCCGGUUCGUUUCUCAUGUGGAGGGGAAAGAAAUCAAGCAAGGCAACCAGAUGAAAAUCUCGUCGCAAGAGUCCAGAAAUUAUGCUCAAGGAGGCUCUUUCUUUGGAGGGAGUACUAAGAGUGAAUCCUCUGUCACACAGGGUAAUACGAUGACCUUUUAG